AGCGGAGGUUGCGAUGAGCUGUGUCCUGUGUGCGCCCGCGACCGGGGCCUCCCGGGCACUGAGGCUUGUGCGCUGGGCCUCCCAAAACCUGCACCCGCCGUCCAGUGGCCGGGCUCGGGCCCAGCCGGUGGCCGAGGGGGAGGAAGAGGACGACUUUAACCGGCCUAUCCAGUUUUCCUCUAGCAAAGCCAACCCGUCCCACUGGACGGUAGAGCAUUCGCUGGGAAGGGUGCAGCAGCGGCCCUGGUGGAAGGUGCUGCCCCUGAGUGUCUCCUGCGUCGCUCUGUUCGUCUGGUGCUUCCUGAGGCAGGAGAACAGCUCGGACGAGUGGUUGAGUGGCGUGCUGGGCGAAGAGAUAGAGUCCAGUGAUCGCUCCGAGGAGCCUGGAACUGGCAACGGGGCGAGAACUUAACGGGGUGCCCGCUGGGGCUAGCGGAAAAGGGACAGGCACUGCCCUUCGGCUUUGACGUCGCGUUUGACCGUUUCUGUCCGGGCUGUGCGUGCGGGCUUGGUGAAUGGGGCACUUGGUUGCGCCGACGUGCCUGAAGGCAGGGCAGAGUCUCAGCAGAUGGAAGCCAGCGCCAAGUACUUGAUGCCCAGUGGAUCCGUCCAGGAGACGUUUCAGAUGCUUAGGAAAGGUUUUGCUUCCAGUGUGGCUGUUGGAUUUGUGCUUUCUUUGUACAACAUUUUCAUGUUCCCAAAGCAAUUCUGGUGACACUUGUCAUCCAGUGUUACUUUCCUGGUCAUUUACCUUCCGAGUCACAAUAACUGGCAGAAGAGUUACACUUUUUACCUCGUAUGUACUAAGGUGUGUGUAAAUAACAUCCAUUGAUGUUUUACACACUAACAAAUUGCAAAUAAAUUUGGUAGCAUGGAAUCAAGACAAUUCCUUUUUUUCUUUCUUUUUCUUGCUUCUUAUUUAAAAAGGGCAGAGAGAGCAGGUUAGCAGGCCAACAGUCAUGUUUUUCUCUUUGUCUUUUUUUUCCCUUCUUCUUUUUUCUAGAGUAGGAACUGAGGAAAGAAACCUCAGUGUAAACUGUGGAACACACUGGCCAAUGACGCCAGAAAUGACAAACUCUCAGCUUUCUGCAAAACGUUAUUUUUAGUAAGACAACAUCUUUCUGAGUGGAAUAAACUAAGUAGUCAAUUCUUAUGACAAAUUAUGGACAACAUUUUGUGUUAACCUAAAUUGACUUCUUUUUCAAGUGAGUAACUAGGAAAAAUCAGCUUGAUUCUGAAAUACAAGAUGCAUAGGGAUAUUAUGCACUUAGCCUUCCAGUGGAAGGUUUGCCUUAGCGUGUCUGCGGUGCUGAAGUUAACUGGAGGCUUCACCAAGGCAGAUGUGUGAAGCGCGUGUUUUGACCACUCUGCUGGUGUGGUAAUAAACAGAUAGUCAGUCCCCAGUUCACAGUGUAUUCAAGUUAUGACAACUCAACGUAAGACUGGCUUUUUUUUUUUUUUGGUACAUCUCAUAGUAACACACACUGCAUACAGUGUUGCUGCUUGUAAUUUGCUGAUGCUAUCAUUCUCAGAUGUUCGAAGAUUGGAUUUAUGAGGAUACUGAUAAUAAAAGGUAAUAAUAAUGAAAACUAAAAAAAAAGGUAUUCGACUUACGUCAGAACCAACUGACAAUGGAGUUGUCAGAGUGGAACCCCGUAUUAGUCGGGGGCUGCCUGUACUAACCUCUGAGGCUUUUGUGUUGAAGUGCUUCCCGUGUUUCCCACACAUCCGUAAAUUAUGGGAAGGAAGUGGGCCAGUGGAAGCGUGUUCGUUUUUUUAAAGGUGGAGAGACCAAGGUUUGGGAAGAUGGGCCAUCUCAGCUCAGGUAGCAUAGCUCCAGCAGGAGCAAAGAGCUAAGGUGCUCCUCUGAGACCGGGAGUAGCUGUGACUGGUUGUGGACCGUUCGGGUGAGCAGCAGUCAUUCAGACCCGAGCCCCUGCUUUCCUGUCACUGUAGCUUCUACAGGGAAACAAAGCAGAACGAGUGGGAAGAAUUUCUAUUUGAGCUAAAAGUAACUUUCCUAUUACAAAAGCAAUAUAUAUUUUAUCUGGGAAACAUAGACACUAAAAUAAGCAAAAAGAAAAGACUAAGAAACACCGAUAAUCC